AUGAGUCAAGAAUCUGGUAAUGCCGAUUUUGGAUGGCGGUCAAGACAUCUCUAUUUAAUUGGAUGUGUAUUGGGUAAUAUAUUUACAGCUUAUACAAGAACUAUGAUUUACAACCAAAAGGUAACAUCAUUUAAAGGAUGUCAAGAACAAAUUUUCGAAAAACCCUGGUAUGGCACACUUUUAAUGGCUAUUGGUAUGGCUUUUGGUAACAUUGUCUAUAAGUUAAUGCUAAAAUUUAGUAAAGAUCCACCUCCAUCGUUUGCAAAAAUUCAUUUCUCGCUGUACCUUCAUGCAUUAUUCCCGGCUGCAUUAGAUAUAAUUUUCACAGUUCUUUAUAAUAUUGCAAUUCUUUUAAUCGGACCCGUUUUUGCUACUCUUUUGCGUUUUUGCGAUAUUAUUUAUGCAACAUUUUUACGUAGAAUUUGGCUCAAACAAAAAUUGCUUCCGUACUCAUAUGUGUCACUUGCAAUUAUUAUGAUAGGCGUAAUUAUGACUUCAAUUUCAAUUGCUUAUGAUGGAUUAAAAAAGUUUGAGUAUAAUUUGAAGUUUUGGGCAGCCCUUACCUUCCAAAUUCUCGCCCAAUUUGCAUCAUCUAUAAAGGCUAUCAGAGAAGAGCAGCUUUUGCACCAGAAUGAUAUACACCCUGUAUGGCUAUGUGGUGUAGAAGGGUUGUACGAAUUCUUUAUUCUAACUUUCAUGGCAUUUCCUAUCCUAAGAGUUAUGCCCCAAAGAUUUGGUCCUGGUUUGGUCGAAAAUUUCUGUGAAGACUGGAAAAUGGUUGGUAGUUCAAAAGUUCUUAUUGCUUAUUGCUUUAUUUAUCCUUUCAUUGCAUUUGAGUACAACACAUGCGUUUUCGGAGUACAAUUCACCGCAAAUGCCGUUUUCUUUAUUGUUACUGAUAUUUUUGUCGGUUCAAUAUCUUGGUUCAUAGAUUUAUUUAUAUUUUAUGCAAUGAAAAACUCGUUAUUCGGUCUUACUCCAGACAACAUUGGCACAAACUGGAACCCAAGAAGUCCUUUGAGGCUUGUUGGCAUCAUUAUUAUUUUAAUAGGUUCCCUACUUUAUACAAGGGUAGUUAAACUACCAUGGUUCAGAUAUGAAGAAUCUGCCGUUAAAGUCUUCAAGGUGAAUGAGCCUUCCGAAGAAGUGGUAAUGAUGGUUUAA